CUGGCUUUAAUGACUUUAAUUUAUUAAUUUCAACACCUGCUAUGAGAUAAUAAUAAAACCCAAGUUGUAUUUGUUCUGAAAAAUUUAAGAUUAAUAGCAAGGUGUUGUGUCUUGAAAGAACCUCUACUUUUUUUCUAUAUAAGGCCGCUUCAGUCUGUUAUCUUAGGAGCCGCGAAGCAGAUCAACAGCACAGAUCGAAGCCUUCACUAAUUUUCUUCAACCAGGAAAUCUAAAGAUACUUGAUAGAUGGGGGAGUACUCGGCGAUUGGAAAAUUAACUCAACGAAAGGCAAAUGGUUCAAUAAUAGAAAGUGGAGAUGACUUGGUAAUUGAUAUCAAGGAGUUGAUAGACAGCUCGAGACCUCUCUUCUCACCGAAGUGUUGUAUUUACAAGGUUCCAGAUCACUUUCGUAAGUUGAAUGAAGAUGCAUACACUCCUCGGAUUAUUUCCAUAGGGCCUUUCCACCACGGCAACACAAAAUUGCAAACCAUGGGAAAGUACAAAGUGCGAUACCUGAUGAAUUUCAUGGAACGAACAAAUACAGAGUUGGAGAAUUUAGUAAGCAUUAUAAGGGAGAGGGAAGAAAGUGUACGUGCAUCUUAUGCAGAAGGCACCGAAGUUAUUAGCAGCAAUGAUUUUGUGAAAAUGAUACUGCUUGAUGCGACCUUCAUUAUUGAGUAUUUCCUGAAAAACAGGUUCCCAAAACAAUGGACGGCUGAGGACGAGAUAGUGAUAAAGCCAUGGCUAACUGCUAGGAUGCAGUUGGACUUCCUUUUACUUGAAAAUCAGCUUCCUUUCUUCAUUAUUGAGAAAUUAUAUGACUUUGUCUUGGCUAUUAACACAAUUUACCCAUCCUUUAUUGAGGUUACCUUUUCCUACUUCAGCUUUUUCAACACUCAAGAUCACAGGUCUUCUGGUUCGGAGUUCCCAAAAAUUAAGCAUUUCGUUGAUUUGCUGAGAACCUUUUAUCUACCGCCACCUGGAAGAGAUCUAUCAGAAAGAAAAGAUGAAAGCAAGGUUGAGGAAAUAUACUGCGCAUCCAAACUGGCCGAGGCAGGAUUGACCUUCAAGAAGAGUACAAGCAAGUGCCACCUUGAUCUAAAAUAUGCAGACGGAGUGUUGGAAAUCCCACGCUUUACCUUAGACAAUGCGACAGAGCUUUAUGCUCGAAACCUCAUGGCCUUGGAGCAAUGUCACUAUCCAAGAGAAGCAUAUAUUACUGAUUAUUUUUUUCUGUUGGAUUUCCUUAUUGAUACAGGCAAAGAUGUGGGUCUACUUGCUCGAAAGAAGAUCCUUGUUAAUGGGCUGGGUGACGACAAUGCAACUUUUGUCAACAAUCUGGGCACAAAUGUCGAAUACUCAUCCAUGAAUUCUGACUAUAUUCGUCUUUGUAAAGAUUUAGUUGAUUUCUACGAUAACCCUUGGCAUCGAUGGAAGGCUAUAAUGAGACGUGAUUAUUUGAGCACUCCUUGGAGAAUUGCUUCUACCGCAGCUGCUAUUAUCUUGUUGGUGCUCACAUUAGUGCAAGCUGUAUGCUCUAUCAUUCAAGUGCUGCCUAAAUAAGCUGUCUGAUGCUAUGAUCUGUUAUGUGCAACAUGAAAAUAAUAGAUAUAUAUAUAAUUAGUAGAACUCUUUUUAUUAAUUAGAUAUAUAAGGAGUUUUACUUCAUGUUAG